CUGUUACAGAUCCGUCGGCAGCGUGCCUUCUGGCGUGAGUCGGGUUUGCCAAAAGUUCAGGAGCAAGCGUUGACAAGAUGUUAUACAUCUUGCCGCGAAACAGACCCACUCUGUGUUGCUGCAUGUGAAUGCAUUCAUCUGCAGUGGAUUAUGGAUGUGGAAUGCAAACCAGGUGCUCGCUCACCUGCUCUUCCCAAUUGUCAGCGAUGGUAUGCAAAAUGCAAAGGCAUUUGGCGCCCACGCGCAGAUCUAACGCCUUUCCCAUAUGGAGUGUACUAUGCACCUCCUGUUGUUCGCGGCAUUUUCUACGGCUAUGAUCCUUUGGGUAUGCAUAUUUUAAUAUAG